CUCUGAUCUGUUGAUUCCCCUCUUCCUGGCCAAAUAAAGGUUUCCACGGGACAUAUCUCGGGCGAGAGCAGAACCGCCUGCCACUUUUCUCUAUGCACAUCGCUUUCCUACGCUCCUCAAUCCUUUUCUUACCGCAGCCUCUCGAUACACACUCACUUGUGUUUGCGUCUAUCUAGUCAUGGAUUUGGCUGGCGCCCCAUUUCCCAAGCGGAAUCGUUUACGCUUCUACCGCACCAAAACCGGCUGCCUCACUUGCCGACGUCGACGGAAGAAGUGUGACGAAUCCAUUCCUUGUAGUGCUUGCGUGAGCAGGGGAUUAGAGUGUACCUGGCCGGAUAUGAAGCUCACACGAGACACGGCAGUAACCUCGUCAAAUUUACCGUCUCCCUCUUCCUCUUCCUCUAAUAGCACCAAUCCACUCCGAUUUCUCCGCAGUUGCGCCAAUGCUGGUCAGGAGGCCCCCGUGCUCACAAACGAAGACCGAGCAAUCAUAUCCAGAGGAAAGUGUAACUGGGGCUCAACUCCAACUGCCUGGAUAUCGCCCACUGUACCUAGCAAGGAGGCCAGCUGGCAACUCAGGACGCUCAGUCCAAGUCCUUUUGGACCAGAAGCGAUGUCACCUACUUCGCAGUUGAUUCUUCACUAUUAUUUACAGGAAGGCGCAGCGAAGCUCUCACCAAAGCCAAGGCCGUCCAAUCCAUUCAUUACACAGAUUCUUCCGCGUGCUACAUGCGACUCAACCCUAAUGAAUGCCGUCUUGGCUUUAGGAGGUACUUUGUUGGAAUUGAAAUACGACCAAUCUAAUCCAAUUCUUCAAACUGCCUGGGGCCACUAUGCUAAAGUCCUAGGUGACCUUCGACGCACCUUCCAGGACCUAUCCGCCCAUCCUUGCCAACGGUAUCUUCGCGUCCUCCUCGUUCUCCUGAUCCUUGCCCACGCUGAGGCUAUAUCUGGCAAUCUCCAAGGCUCGACAUUUUCACAUUUACGCGCCAGUCACCAACUGAUGCUGAGAUUCACCUUGGAUGGUAGAGACAAAAGAACUGCUGACGACCUAGCCAUUGAAGGUUUCGUCCUCGAACUUUAUGCCUACUUGGCACUCGUCGCCAAUAUCACUCCCUACGCUCUCGACGAUGGACGGACUAUACCACUUGAUCCUAUCCUUUUAUCUCUGGGCUUCCUUCAAGACUAUAAGGAUUUCGGCGCCCUUCUGAGCUGUGGGUUGUCGCUAUUUGAAAAAAUACCAAUCAUCUCGGUCUUUGCACGUCAGCGAUUGUCAGAAGAGGCAGCGACGGGCGAAUGCUCCAUAGACAGCAUGCAGAUGUAUCACAGUCUCCUCCAAGAACUGCUGCAUUGGAAUUCUCCUCCACCGAGCUCAGAUACGGAAAACUACGCCGUCGCGCAUCGAUAUACCGGUGAAAUUUAUCGACACUCCUUGCUUAUCUAUCUUAAGUCUUCUAUGUGUGGAGCUUCCGUCAAGGACAAUCCGGAAAUCCUCCUCGAGAUACAAGACCACAUCGACGCCGUGUGGAUGCUUCUUCCCACUGUCCUGGCCUCUCCCUUUGGGUCAGUCAUCUUGUGGCCGUCCAUCAUUGUCGGAUCGUGCCUCACGAACCCUGAUCAGCGAAGUGAGCUCUGCAGCUUCCUACGUGCUCCGAGAUGGCAUUUAAGGGUCACUGAGGCGUGCAUCACCAUGUUGAAAUUGCUCUGGGAAGACUCGGAUCGUCUGGCGUAUGGGCCCUUUGGUUUGUAUCUGAUUAUGAAGAAGCACGGCAUCAAUUUUUGUAUGGUUUAAAAUCCACUUUAUCACUUUGAGGCCCGAAAGCUAUGAUACUGAUGUACGAGAGCCGCGAGUGAAAAAUCU